AUGGACUGCAAUGGGGUCACUGGACUCACCAUCCGCACGAGUACGCAUGUCUCCCGGGACAUUCACCGGUCUCCCAACUGCAGCGAGUCGGGGAGGGCUUCCUGCCGUGUGACUCCAACGAGCCUUCGGGUAAGGCCGGAGACUGCCAAAGCCUCCAGCUCCGCUCGGCGGGAGUUUGAUGUGCUAAUGUGGGGAUCACAGAGCGAGCUGCAGCCAAGGCCAACAGCUGAAAACCGGAGGAGGCUCCACACCAACCCAACGUCCUGCUGUGGCCAGGCACACGCGAGCCAAGGGGAGACACAGCGGAAAGAAGAACACGAGGCAUCACCGGGAUUUGUUCAGCUGGUACCAGCCUGUCCUCCACGAGCUCUGAGCUGCAACGCCACGCGGGGAGGCUUGGCCCACGAGUUUGCGAGUGUCUAUCCGAAACGUUCGUAUUGCCAAUCUGUCCACCAGCCCAUCGUUAUGGAAGAGCUGGGCAAACGCUUCUCCAAAAGAAUGGCAAAUAUUUGGAAGGCUCCUCAGAAAUGGAAUACAGAAUUGAUUAAUCUGGUCUCUCCUUCCAAAGGGGCCGAGGACAAGGCAGCGAGUCGCGGGGAGCCGGGUGCUGCCUGCGGGCGGCAGCGGGGCCAAGGCGAGCUGAGCCAGGUUGAGCCAAGCAUCAAGCACCAGGACGCGGGGAUGUAUAAAGGAUCGGCGUAUUCCGGCUACCCCUUCCUCAUGCUCUCCGACCCCUACCUGCCCAACGGAUCCAUGUCACCGCUGUCCAACAAGGUUCCCGUGGUGCAGCCGUCGCACGGAGUCCACCCGCUCACCCCGCUCAUCCCCUACAGCAACGACCACUUCAGCCACGGCUCCCACUCGCCCCACUUCCCUGCCGACAUCAACCAGAAGCAAGGAGUGCACCGUCCUUCCCAGACAUCCGACAUCCCUGGUUUCUACCCUCUCCCUCCUGGCGGAGUCGGACAGAUCACUCCUUCGAUGGGAUGGGAAGAAAUACGCCAUGGCAGCAACUGCCCCGGCGAAAACCCACAAGGCUCUUGCAGCAGGAGGAUGCCGGCCUCUCUGGCUGUGCGCGGUGGGGAGGAGGAAGAGGAGGAGGAGGAGGAGGAGGGAGCCGCCUUCCUCCGGCUCUCACUUCCUCGCCUGGGCGCACGGUGCCAGCUCCUGCCGGGAAGGAGCGGGAUGAGGGGCUCCUCGUCCCCCAACGCCGGAUGCUCCCCGCAAGCCCCCCGCAUGGGCAGACCUGGAGAUGCACCCUGCAAACCGAUAUUGAACCACAGCGAAACAGAGGCUGAGGCCUUUGAUACAGAGCUGGGCUUCAAAGAGACGUAUCUAACGAGCAGCUCAUCUCCCGUGGGCAAUGCUGCCACCUCCAGCUGCAGUCAGAAAGCGGCGAGCCUGGCAAAGCCAACGCCUCUGGCUUUACCCCGAACGCUCUGCGGAGAGCUAAGGAAGCUCGAGAGCUGGAAACCUCAGCCUGAACCAAAGAGAGAGAAGGAAGCCAAGAAGCCCACUAUCAAGAAGCCCCUGAACGCUUUCAUGUUGUAUAUGAAAGAGAUGCGGGCGAAAGUCAUCGCUGAAUGCACCCUGAAGGAGAGUGCGGCCAUCAACCAGAUCUUGGGAAGGAGGUGGCACGCGCUGUCGCGGGAGGAGCAGGCCAAGUACUACGAGCUGGCGCGGAAGGAGCGGCAACUCCACAUGCAGCUCUACCCAGGCUGGUCCGCCAGGGAUAACUAUGGGAAAAAGAAAAGACGAACACGGGAAAAGCAGCAAGAUUCCAAUUCAGAUCCUGCCUCUCCUAAGAAAUGCAGAGCUCGCUUUGGCCUCAACCAACAAACGGACUGGUGCGGCCCGUGCAGGAGGAAAAAGAAGUGCAUUCGGUACUUACAAGGAGAAGGACGCUGUGCCAGCCCAGUUUCUUCCGAUGGAAGUGCUAUAGACUCCCCUCCCUCUCCCCUGGAUGCACUCCAAUGCCGAUCCUCCGCUUUUCCUUCUGACAAGCUUGCCACCCCCGCCCCGCCGAUCCCGCGCACCGAGAACAAACCGACCCUCUCCCCGGCUCUGUUCACAUCAAAACCGCUACCUGCUCCUCCAGACUGA